AUGUCGCUGGAUGCUGCAAAAGACGCGAGGAGGCGACGUAGCAGUAGUCUUGUCUACAAAGAGCCCCCCGAGUCUCUGGAGCAGCUGAGCGACCAGUCCGCCCUGCCCAACCUCAACGCCGAAUGGGUGAAUGCAAAGGGCGCCUGGGCUAUCCACUUUGUCCUCAUCUUCUUUGGCAAGAUUCUGUUCGACAUCAUCCCCGGCAUGUCGCAAGAAGCAUCAUGGACCCUCGUCAAUCUUUCGUACGUGGCGGGAUCCUACCUCAUGUUCCACUACGUGCGCGGUGUGCCCUUUGACUUCAACUCGGGCGCCUACGACAACUUGAACAUGUGGGAACAGAUCGACAACGGCGAACAAUACACACCAGCCAAGAAGUUCCUUCUCAGCGUACCCAUUGUGCUAUUUCUCGUCAGCACGCACUACACGAAUUACAAUCUGACGUAUUUCCUCAUCAACUGCUUUGCGACCAUAGCAGUCGUCAUUCCAAAGCUCCCCUCGCUCCACAGGAUACGAUUCGCUUUCUUCAACAACCCACCGGACGACGCAUAG